AUGUUCAACAUCAUAGCUCAUUUCUUCUCCUCCAUCGCCUCCUUCCUCUUCCCCCUCUUCGCCUCCUACAAAGCGCUCAAGACGUCCGACCCGGCCCAGCUCACACCAUGGCUCAUGUACUGGUCCGUCUUCAUGUGCGUGCUCCUCGUCGAGUCCUGGACCGACUUCAUCCUAGUCUGGGUGCCCUUCUACUCGUGGAUGCGCCUCGCCUUCCUGCUAUGGCUGGUCCUGCCCUCGACCCAAGGCGCCCGCAAGCUGUACGAAGGGUACCUGCACCCAUACCUCGAGGAGAACGAGCUGGCCAUCGAGGACUUCAUCGCGAGGGGCCACGACCGACUCAAAGCCGCCGGCUUGUCCUGGCUCAAGCGCUUCAUCGAGUAUGUGCGAACACAGGUGUUUAACAUGCAGCCCAGCCAGACCCGCGACGAUGAGACCAGGGCCAGUGCCGCACCCCAGGGCUAUACACAGGCAUUGCUGGCUAGGUUCAGCGUGCCGGCUGCUCGGUGGGCUGCUAGUAGUAACGCCGUGGGUGGCGGCCACGACUUCUAUAACAUGCUGGCGGGUGCCGUCAGUGCCGCCGCUACUGCUGGGGGCGGUGGUGCGGGCUCCGUGACCACGUCGUCGAACAACAUGGCGGCUAGUGGGACUCUGAUACCAGAGAAUAUCGGUAGCGCAACUGAAAAGAUGAGCUUCAUCACGGCGCAGAAAGAGAGAUUGGCCUUCCUGAUGGGCACACUCGACCAGGAGGCGCAGCAGCUGGAGAAGGACGAAGCGGAUCGCAAGAUCGUAGAGCAGGCGCAGAAAGAGCUGCGACCGGUCGACAUGAAUCUGGACGGGCAGGAGAGCGGUUCUCGAUCGCGGCCGACGAGCGGCCACAGUGCACAGAGCGGACUUAGCAAGAGCCGUAGCGAGGUUGACUUUGAGAAGAUCGACGCAGAGAGCGGAGCCGAAGACAACGCGGGCGAACUCCGCAGACGUGCAGCCGCUGCCGCUGACGAGACUCCUGGUGCUGAACGUUCGGGCUGGAACAUUCCUUUCUGGGGCGCCGUGGGCGGCUCCAAGACCACAGGGUAUCAGGAGUGA